AGUGAUGUGUGUGUGUCCUGCUCUCUAGGUGUACAGAGACACUGAGGGUGCCAGGAUGCCAGGCUGCUAUAUUGCCAGCCUGCUGCUUGUUGCAGCCUUGAUCCCACCAUUCUCCAGCCACCCCCAGUGCCUGGACUUCAAACCCCCGUUCCAGCCCGAGUUCCCCCUGACAUUCUGCACCGUGUACACGGGGUUUGGCUGCUGUGACGGCCGCCAGGAUUCCGCCAUCGCACGCAGGUACCGGCACGUCCUCAGCUUCUUCCACGCCUCCGCAGUCCCACUCUGUGGCAAAUACAUCCACGAUCUCCUCUGCCAGCGUUGCUCCCCAUUCUCGGCCCACCUAUACGACGCUGAGGAUGCCCGUAGGCCCCAGCGUGUGUUGCCGGGCCUGUGCCCACGUUACUGCGUGGGUUUAUGGCGCCGCUGCCGAUCAGCGCUGGGCCUGUUGUUGCCGCCAGGGCCGGAGCAGCGAGAGUUGUCGAUGGCGGUGUCGGCCGGAGACCGGGGCCGAUUUUGCGGCCUGUUGGAGCUGCGGGACCCCGACUACUGCUACCCCAACGUGUUGAGCAGCCCGCGGCUGAACGCGGGGCUGGGUAGGCCUCAGGCUGGGCCUAGGCCAGGCCCGGAGCCUGGGCCUGGAUUAGACAGUGGGCCCGGGCCCGGCUGCCUGCGCCUCUGCCUGCAGGAGGUGGCGAACGGCCUCCACAACCCGGUGGCCAUGGUCCACGCCAGCGACGGGUCUCACCGCUACUUUGUGGCCGAGCAGCGAGGCCUGGUCUGGGCCUACCUGCCCGACGGAGCCCGCCUGGCCCGGCCUUUCCUCAACCUCAGCCGCGCCGUCCUGACGUCCGCCUGGCCCGGCGACGAGCGCGGCCUCCUGGGCCUGGCCUUGUACCCGGGCCCCAGGCUCAAGGCCUACGUCUACUACUCGCUACAGGCCCGGCGCGCAGAGAGGAUCCGUGUUGGGGAGUUCACCCUCUUGCCCGGCCGGCCCAACGCCCUGGACCCCCGCUCUGAGAGGGUGAUCCUGGAGGUGGAGGAACCGGCUUCCAACCACAACGGGGGGCAGCUGCUGUUUGGGGACGACGGCUACAUGUACAUCUUCACCGGGGACGGGGGAGGGGCCGGGGACCCCCACGGAGACUUCGGCAACUCCCAGAACAAGUCAUCGCUACUGGGCAAGGUUCUGAGGAUCGACGUCGCGGACAAUGACAAUGGGCCUCCCUACCGCAUCCCACCGGACAACCCCUUCGUCGGGGAGCGGGGAGCCAGGCCAGAGGUCUACGCCUACGGGACGCGCAACAUGUGGCGCUGCUCGGUGGACCGCGGGGACCCGCUGACCCGUGACGGCAAGGGGCGGCUGUUCUGCGGGGACGUGGGGCAGAACAAGUUCGAGGAGGUGGACAUCAUCCAGAAGGGGGGAAACUACGGCUGGAGGGCCAAGGAAGGAUUCUCCUGCUACGACAAGAAGCUGUGUACCAACUCGUCUCUCAACGACAUCCUGCCGAUAUUUGCCUACCCACACAAGGUGGGCCGAUCUGUGACGGGGGGCUACGUCUACAGAGGCUGCCAGAUGCCCAACCUGAAUGGACUCUACAUUUUCGGGGACUUCAUGAGUGGGCGUUUGAUGGCACUGAGGGAGGGCCCAUCGACGGGGAAGUGGCACUACAACGAGGUCUGCAUGGGCAGCAAACAGGAGUGUAACUUCCCCAAGAUCAUCAACAACUAUUAUCAGUACAUCAUCUCCUUCGCUGAAGACGAGGCAGGUGAACUUUACUUCAUGUCCACUGGGAAUCCAAGUGCGUUUGCUCCGGCAGGAACCGUGUACAAACUAGUCGACCCGUCCCGCCGAGCGCCACCAGGGAAGUGCCGGGUGAAGCCGACGCCCGUCACCGUGCGGGGGAAACUGCUGCGGUUCCGACCCAAGGAAAAGCUCAUCGACGAUUCCGCAGCCUCCACCCCGAGACCGACCUCGGCCCGACCCCUGACACACACCCCUGGGGGUGAGACCACCCCUCACCACCUCUGCCCCCCGGCCUCUGACCCCCGCCCCCCUCACCACCCCCGCCCCCCGACCUCUGACCUCAGCCCCGAGCCUAGGGUCAGACUCGGGGUCACGCGACGGUGGGGGGAAGAAGAAGGGCAAGCCCGGCUGGACGGGGGUCCGGGGGAGGUUGCGGGAGGGGUCGGUUCGCCUGGCGGGGGUGGGGCGGGCUGGGGGCAGGGUGGAGAUUUACCUGGGGGGGAUUUGGGGAACGGUUUGUGAUGAUUCCUGGGACUACAGAGCCGCCACGGUGGUGUGCCGGCAACUUGGCUACCGGGUGGCGAUACGGGCCACUCGCCGCUCCGAGCUGGGUCCCGGCAAAUCCCUGCCCAUCCUCCUGGACGAUGUACGGUGCAUCGGUAACGAGACCU